GUUGUAGAAAACCGGGAAGAAGAAGACGACCGCCCGAACCGGCCAAGACUCGCUUGGAGGCGCUGCUGCUUCCCCGAAGAACAGUCGAGAAGAAGAACAAAAGGCAACAUGCCGCGCGUUUAUGUUGGACGACUGAGCUACCAAGUCCGCGAGAAAGACAUCCAGCGGUUUUUCAGCGGAUAUGGAAAGCUCUUGGAGAUUGAUUUAAAGAAUGGCUACGGGUUUGUGGAGUUUGAUGACAACAGAGAUGCAGACGAUGCAGUUUAUGAGUUGAACGGCAAAGAUCUGUGUGGAGAGCGGGUGAUCGUGGAGCAUGCCCGGGGCCCACGACGAGACAGAGAUGGCUAUGGUGGGGGUUACUGGGGUGGUGGGCGCAGUGGUGGCGGCGGCGGCGGCGGUGGUGGUGGCGGCGGCGGUGGUGGUGGAGGUGGCGGAGGUUACAGCAGUCGGAGCCGUUCUGGCAGAGAUAAGUAUGGGCCACCUGUCCGUACUGAGUUUAGGCUCAUUGUGGAGAACUUGUCCAGUCGUUGCAGCUGGCAAGACCUGAAGGAUUUUAUGCGUCAGGCAGGAGAGGUGACAUAUGCAGAUGCCCACAAGGAACGCACCAAUGAGGGAGUAAUCGAGUUCCGGACUCAUUCGGAUAUGAAGCGGGCGUUGGACAAGCUGGAUGGCACGGAUAUCAAUGGAAGGAAGAUCCGUCUGGUUGAAGACAAGCCCCGUCGACGUAGGUCCUACUCUGGAAGCCGCUCCAGGUCUCGUAGCCGUCAUCGUUACCGUAGCAGGAGCCAUAGAAGCUCCAGGAGUCACUCCAGAUCACGCUCUCGGUCUCGUUCCCGUAGCAACAAGAGACGUCGUCAUUCCCGCUCCGGAUCAGACGGAAAAUCUCGGUCCAAGUCAGCAGGAAGCAAAUCGCGUUCUCGCACUCGCAGGUCUCGCUCUCACUCCCAGAAAUCCAAAUCGCGAUCCCAUUCUGCUGAACGGAAGUCGAAGUCCCGCUCAAAGAGUCAGUCCAAGGUGAAGUCGGAGCGAGAUUCUCGUAGCCGAUCCAAGGAUAAAGGUGACAAGAAGUCCCGCAGUCGUUCAGUGUCCCCAAUGGAGAAUGGGAAUGAGGAGCGUGUGGUUAAAUCUGCAUCUCGCUCCCCGUCCCCACAGGAUGAUCGCCGAUCUAAAUCAGGAGAGAAAUGUUCAGCCUCGCGUUCAAAGUCCCGCUCGAGGUCUCGCUCUCGUUCUCGGUCAGCCUCUCAGGAUUAGUGGAACAUGAGCGGGGACAUCCUCUUGCUGUACAUAUUGAGCGUUGAUGUCAUUCUGGUGUGUGGCUUGUUUUGUCUACAUUUCUCCUUCACUGAUGCGCUUGUCUUAAAUAUGGAACUGUCAGAUUUCUCUCAUGAAUAUCUUUGAAGUGAGAUCCUCUGUCAUAAGCUUGGUCUUUUCUUGCCAUUAUACGUUUCAUAGUCAACGUUGAACUGGUAGGUAUAACUUGUCACAAUUCCCCCUCCGCCCCCAGGCCUGAAAAUUUCACGCAGCUUGUGACAGUUCAAUUAAAGCAUUUAUUAGACUAGAACUGAUAAUAAAGCCCCACCCCGAUUCUGACGUAUCUACGUGAGCAGUGAAGUUAUAUAAUGUUUGCAAUUAAACAGCAUGUUGGAAGAUUACCAAUUAGUUUGUUUUGUACCUGUUAAACUGGUUAUAAGAGGAAAGUAGUUUGGCUGCAGAUAAUGGAGUUUUGUGAUUAGCCUACUGCAGACCCUGAUAAUUGAUUUCUGCAUAAAAAGUUAACUUGUUUUCGUACACCCCCUCUACAGUGUACGUCAGUGGUUUAUGACAUUUCCAAGACUGGGCUGUUUUACAUUUUUCAACAUUUACAUUAUAGGUUGUCUCUGUUAACCUCCUGUACAUAUAGUAUGUGAGCAGUCUGGAAAUUUUUCUUUUCAUUGCCAUUUGUGUUUGGUUGCAUUUGAUUCUCUUCCCCCACCCCACAAUUUUAAAUAAAGCGCUCUCCAUUGGAGCCUCAA